CCCGUUCCCCUGGCCCGUGACUAUCCCGUCCUCCUCUGCUCUCUUCCCCGAACGCACCCGCAGCACGCCGCCGUGAACCACCGCGCUCACCGCCGUCGCCUCGCCUCAGGAAGUUGUCUAAAAGCUCCGCCGAGCCAUGCUGCAUCUCCUCGCCGAUGAACACGAGCCCGGGAGCAUCACAGCGAGCCUUUGAGCUCGUCACCGCCGCCUCUGUUCGCCGAUCGCCGGCGUCGAUUCGCCACCGUCAACGCUCCCCCGAGCUCGCCGACGACUCCAUCGGAUGCGCCAAUCUGGAAGCUCAGUUGUGAUUGUGAUGGAAGGGGGCAAGAAACUGUCAAUAAACAUGAGGCGUCCAAGCUUUGUUGUUCUUACCUACUUUUGUGAUCGUCCUCGCGAUUAACUUGACGCGAAUGGGGGCAUAGGUGUACCUUUUAUGUCAGGCCCAGUACCACUCCUUGUCCUCCCAUCGUCAAGUAUACGGCCUCGGGCGUGGGCCGGCCCGCAAGACGGAGGAAGCCCAACCCGCGGAACCAAGGCCCAGAGUGGGUGUGACCGAGCGGAGGCACCAACUACUUAAAGGCACACGCGCAGAAGGCCAAACCAUCCAGUGGAUCACGGCACCCGGCGGCGGCGGCUUCCUGUUCCUCUCCCGAUCCCCUUGUGUACCACUUCUUGUAAUCGCUAUCAGAUACUCGAAUUCGUGAGCAAGUACAAUAGAUCGUGUGAUAUACUACCUGGGUGCUAACAUCUGGUAUUCAAAGCCUUGGAUUUGGGGCUGGCGCACCUCAUCGAGACGCGGCGGCAAAAAUCGAUCAGAGAUCGAAUCAGCGCCAUGGAUCCCUCCUUCAAGGAAUAUUUCAACAAGCUGACUUCCUCGCUGGACGGAAUCCACGCGGAUAUCCGUUCGACGGCGGCCAAAUUGAAGGAUCUGGUCGCCUGGCGCCCGGAGCUGGAACGGCGCGUCGACCGGCUCUCCACCGCAGUCGCUGAACUCCAACAGGGGCGACCCGCGGCAGAGGAGGAGCAGGCGCCCGCGCCCAAGGCUGCUCCGACACUCGUUCCCCUGCGCGACCCGACGGACAACAACAAGGGUCCGGAGGGCGGCGUCGCAUCAGGGCCGAUCGGCCACGACAUCGACAUCCUACCGCGGGGUCUGGCACCGACGUUCGCGUCGGUGUCCACCCCGGCCAACGGUCAGUUCGCUCCCCUGUCUCCCGCACCUCUGCCCUCUCCUUAUGCACAUGCGAGCCAGUUGCUCGCGGGGAUCGGCGAGACGCACCCAUCCAUUGCGUUUCCCCAAUUUUUUAGCGAGAACCCACGUCUCUGGAAGACGUUGUGCGAGCAGUACUUUCACAUGUUCGCGAUUCAGGAGAAAUUCUGGGUUCCCAUGGCCACGCUCAACUUCUCGGGCACGGCCGCAGUGUGGCUGCAGUCGAUUCAGAAGAAACUCUCUGAAUUCGACCGGGAAUCUUUCUCUUCCUUGUUGUGCACCCGUUUUGGCCGAGAUCGCCAUCAACUCCUCAGCCGCCAAUUUUACACGCUUGCACAAACAACAACUGUGGCAGAUUACAUCAAACGAUUUGAGCAAAUUAUCAGUCAUUUGUCUGCUUACUCAGACUCAAUUCAUCCUUAUUAUUACCUCACUCGUUUUGUGGAGGGACUUCGGGCGGACAUACUAGCGAUUGUGCUGGUGCAACGACCGCCUGAUCUGGACACGGCGUGUGCACUAGCACUACUGCAAGAGGAAGUGGCAAACGGCGGCACCUGGGAGCGGCCUCGUCAACCCACCAUGGCUCGGGCGGCGGACCUGGCGACGCGGGCGCACGUGGGCAUGCCCAUGCCGCUCCCGCCCCCUCCUCCACAAGGGCGGCCUCCUACGACACCGGCUACUUCCGAGCGCCGGACCAACGACACCAACCGCAGCGACAACUCCAAGAUCAAGGCAUUGCGCGAGUACCGGCGAGCACGUGGCCUUUGUUUCAAGUGUGGCGAGCGAGGGGACAGGACCACACUUGCCCCACGAGCGUGCAGCUUCAUGUCGUCGAAGAGCUGCUGGAGCUCUUGGGCAUGGAAGGGAGCGAGGAGCUUCCAAACGCCCCAACCGAGACGGUGAUGGCAAUUUCACGGCAAGCUCUCACGGGUGGCACUCCUCCAAAAGCCGUUAAACUCCAAGCGUGGCUCCAAGGUCGCGCUAUUCUCCUCUUGGUGGAUUCCGGCAGUUCAGUCUCCUUCAUCGACGCGCAAUUGGCAGCCUCGCUGUCAGG